AUGCCACGUAAGCUACGUAAGAAUAUACGUAAGAGGAAGAGAGCAUUGAAACAUCCAAUAGUAAAACUGACACCACAACAACAGUUGCAACAACAAAUAAUGAAUGACCCCACUAUGUUGCAACAAAUGUCAAGCAACCCUAUGCUCUUAAACCGAGUUAUUGGUGCACAGAGUGGAGGUUUAAGAGCGGCACUUUUAGCGAAAAUGGCAGGCUAUGGUGGAGCUGCAGACGGAACAGCUUAUAACCCUCAAAGUCAAAUGAAUUUGAGUUCACUCAAAAAUCAAAUAACAGAUGUCAAAAAGUCAAACAUAGACAUACAGAAACAAAUAAGUGAAAACGAAAAGAAACUAGAAUAUGACAGACACACAAAGAAACUCAAUGAGUUAAACGUAGAGAAAAAGAAGAAAGAAGAACAACUGAAAGAACUAAGUACAGAGGAAUAUGCGAAAAAAGUGUCAGAAAAAGCAGCAGAAGUAGCAAAAAUGGAACAAGAUGUUAUAAAUUUGAAAAACCAUACUACUCAAUAUAAAGUACUGAAAGAUGAAGAGAUAAAACAAAAAGCCCUGAAGACAUAUAUGGAUAGCGAUGAGUAUAAAAAAGAAGUUGAAGCAAAUGUAAAGGCAGAAAAACUUUUACAGUUGCAAAACCAAACCGUACAGUAUGAAAACUUAGCACAAGAAAGUAAAAAUAACGACGCAGCCAUGCAAAAGGCAAUGAAAAGCGCAGAAUAUAUAAAAGCUAACAAUGACUGGUUAGAUGCCCAAGCCAACGCUAAAGCAGCCCAACUUAUAGGGUCAAUAAGGACAAAAAUACAAGCGGAUGAAGACAGUUCAAAUGAAGCUUUAAUGAAUGCUGACUUUAAGAACGCCUUCGAAGCUCUUCAUAGUAAG